UGGUCAAAUGUCAAGAUCCAGUAGUCGAAAAUGGAAGACUGGUGGCAGGAUUUAAAAAAGAAUAUGACUACAAAGCAAAGGUUGUAUUUGAAUGCCUGGAGGGUUUUAAACUUAAAGGCAACAGCACAAUUUUCUGUGGUGCUAACAAUGUAUGGGAGCCGGAGAUGCCAGAAUGUAUUAAAGAUGCCUGUGAUGAUCCACCAAGAUUCGAAUCUAUGAUGCUCAAGGGUACUCCUAAAUCUAUUUAUCAUUCUGGGGACAAAAUAGAAUAUCAGUGUCACCUUGGGUACAAGCAUGUUCUGCCUUUUCUUGCCACUUCUGCUAUUUGUCAGUCUGAUAACACAUGGACACAUCUCCGGGAGGCUUGUACAAUUGACAUGGCAGAUUCCAUUGAUCAUUUUUCAUGUGUUGAGUUACUCUUGCAUUCCAGGAAUAAGUCUCACUUGUUCAUGACUUAUUAUUUACAUGGAACAAAAGUUCUAUAUUGUGAACAUUCUGGAGAUCAGGUGGAUUGGAGUGAUAAUCCCCCACAGUGUGAAAAGAUUUUGUGUCAACCACCUGGAGAAAUAUCCAAUGGAAAAUAUACCGAUAGCCACAAGGCUAUGUUUGAAUAUAAUGAAGUAGUAACUUACAGCUGUAAUCCUUCAAAGGGACCAGAUGAAUAUUCACUUAUUGGGGAGAGCAGGCUUGCUUGUUCUGGGCAUAAUGUAUGGAGUAGUGACCCUCCUCAUUGUAGAGUGGUCAAAUGUGAAAAUCCAGUCCUCAAGAAAGGAAAACUGGUGUCAGGAUUUAAAACUAAAUAUUACUACAAAGCGAAGGUUGUAUUUGAAUGCCUGAAGGGUUUUUACCUUAAAGGCAGCAACACAAUUUUUUGUGAUGCUAACAGUAUAUGGGAGCCCGCGAUGCCAGAAUGUAUUAAAGGUACGAAAAGUGUCUUUUUUCUUUUCUUUUUUAUAUUUCAUUUCUUUGACAUCAAAUAUUGA